AUGAGAGCCCUUUUACGAUCUCGAUAUAGAGUUCCGAUUUCCUUGCGGAGGUAUUCAAAUCAGCUUACGAAAGACAACCAUAAUGCAUUCAUUAGUAAAAGAAAGGAGGAAACAAAUUCGUCUGGUAGUCUAGCAGGACUUAAGGCUGCUGUGAAAGAUAACUUUGUCACAACGAAAGAACCCACUACAAGUGGUUCGGAAAUGCUACGGACGUAUGUGAGUCCUUUCGAUGCUACCACUGUGUCGUUAAUAGAGGCUUCUGGUGCCAAAGUAGUAGGAAAGACCAAUAUGGACGAGUUUGGUAUGGGAUCUUCAAACACCAACUCGGCAUUCGGUAGUGUCGUCAACCCCAUGUUUCCUGAAAACCAUAUAAGUGGAGGCUCUUCUGGAGGCUCUGCCGCUGCGGUUGCAUUGCGAGAAGCGGACUUUGCCUUGGGUACUGAUACGGGAGGUUCAGUGAGGUUACCAGCAAGCUACUGUGGAGUAUAUGGAUUCAAGCCCACUUACGGAAGAAUAUCUCGGUGGGGAGUUAUAGCAUAUGCACAGAGUCUUGACACAGUGGGUAUAUUUGCGCGGGAUUUAGACACGGUGAGAUCGGUCUUCGACGUUCUAGACGUCGCUGAUUCAAAAGAUCCAACUUGCUUCGAUGCAUCUAUUAGACACCAAAUUUCCCACCAAAAGAACUUGCAAUCUUCCAAGGUGAUAGGAGUCCCAGAAGAAUUUGUCGUGGCGGAAAUGACUGAAGAAGCUAAGGAUGCGUGGAACCUGGCGCUUUGUGCACUUGUUGAUGAGGGCUAUGAAAUUCGAUACAUUUCCAUUCCCACAAUCAAGAAACUGUUGCUGGCAUAUUAUACAAUUGCAACAGCUGAAGCUGCCUCCAACCUUUCUCGGUAUGAGGGUGUUCGAUACGGCUACUCAAUCUCUUCGGAGGAAACUGCUUCUAUGACACCUUUUGAUAUCGUAUCGAAAAAUAGAUCCACAGCAUUUGGAAGCGAAGUUCAACGCAGAAUCAUUUUGGGCAAUUAUACGCUUUCUUCAGACUCGGGAAACCACUACUUGCGGGCUACACAUGUCAGAAAGAAUUUGGUAGCCGAAUUUAACAAGGUGUUCUCCAUGCCCAAUGUGUUGUUUGAUAAUGAGGUUUACAAUAGAGACGGCUGUUGUGCUUUAUUGUGUCCCACAGCAGUCUCACCAGCGCCAAGUUUGGCAGAGUACACCCAAGAGACCAACGAAAACUUUCUUAAUGCAUACAUCAACGACAUUCUCACCGUUCCCGCUUCGUUGGCUGGGCUCCCCAGCAUCUCAAUACCAUACUACAGCAGACAAGGUAUUCAAAUCAUGGGUCAGUUUGGUGACGAUGAAACCGUCCUCAAGGUUGCAAAAACACUCAGUCUAAAUUGUACAUAUAACUAA